CAAAUGGAUAUGGGCGCCGUUUUCCCGCUCCAAGUCCGUUGAUCAGCAUCAGUCCAGCCCGUCUCCUAAAUCGCCUGUAGUACUGCUGGUUCAUCUCGGAGUAAAAGUUGGUGGGCAGGAGGUGGGUCCAGCCCUGAUCGGCAAUGGGUCGCUCCAGAAACUGAAACGUCUGAGACGUCGAUGCGGAAGCGACUUCGGCGGCCAUGGGCCAGGUCGAAUUUAAGGUCACCAGAACGCAGACCAGAAACCAGAACGUCAUCGUCGGAGUCGUUUGUAAAGCCAGGUGGCCAGGUGGCCAGUGUCCGGCACCCAAUGCACUGCCUCCAAGUCGCUAAUACAAGUAGUUCUGGGUCGUCAGCGUUUUUCGAUGUACAUACCCAAUUGCACUUUUCCGAUCGGUGUCGUUCCACUCCGGCAGUGCGAUCAGCGUUUUCGGCAGGGGCUAUAAAGUGGCUUGGCUCGGGGGGUUCGACCAACAGUCACCCUUGGUUCGCCACUUCAGCAGCAAGCAGAGACAGCUAGAGAAUCCCUCCCAUCGCCAUGGCAUUCCACAUUGCUCACCUUCUCAUCGCCGGCCUCUUGGCUUUGUCCACCGUGUCCUCCGAGACCAUCCAGCUGCAGCCCACGCAGGGCAUCCUCAUCCCGGCGCCUCUGGCCGAGAACAUCCGCGUGUCGCGUGCCGCCUACGGCGGAUACGGAGCUCCAGCUGCUGCCCCCGCCGCCGCCUCCUACGCCGCCCCCGCUGCCCCCGCCGCCGCCUCGUAUGCCGCUCCAGCUGCCUACUCCGCUCCCGCUGCCCCCGUCUACUCACCCCCCGCUGCUGCUCCCGCCUACGCCGCCCCCGCCCCUGCACCGGCCUCCAUCCCGUCGCCGCCGUGCCCCAAGAAUUACCUGUUCAGCUGCCAGCCCUCCCUGCAGCCCGUGCCCUGCUCCGCCCCAGCUCCGUCCUACGGAUCCGCCGGCGCCUACUCGCAGUACGUGCCCCAGUACGCCGUACCCUUCGUCCGGGAACUGUAAGGCAACGUAACGAGGCGAACUGGAAAACCGAGUCUAUGAAUAAAGUAAAGCGUGUAUGAAAA